AUGGCUACAUCCAUUGUUGACAAACGACGCGUUGCUAUCGCUUAUGAUGGUAGCGACGAUGCUCAAAAAUUGUUUGAAUGGUCCCUCAAGAAUAUCGUUCGUGGAGAUACCGACCAUGUCAUUCUUCUCUCGGCUAUCCAACCUGGUGACAAGGCAGCUGGUAGCAGCUUUAUGCCCACUUCCCCCGGUAAAAUCAAGUCUCCCCAUGAUCUCCCUUCGGAUUCCACCACGCGUACUCGUCUUGAAGGAUUGAGUGAACGACUUCGUACUAUGGGUAUCUCGAGCGAGGCACAUGUAUUGACAGGUGAUGCCAAGGCUUUGAUUCCACGCUAUACGCAAAACAAUCAAGUGGAGCUGCUCAUUGUUGGUUCACGCGGUUUGGGUACUGUCAAGAGUGUCUUUUUGGGAUCAGUUUCGGAUCGCUGCAUUCAUGAAUGUCCUUGCCCAGUCCUCGUUGUUCGAAACGCUACCAUUUAA